UUUGUGGUUUGUUGUUUCAAUGACCAUUCAGAUAUUUUAAAAUGGUUAAGUCGAAAACAAUUCGGAAUCAGUGCAAAUACUAAAUUAUAUGUUAUGAUAAUUUUCUUUGAGAUAUGAUAUAAUAAGUCGAGUGUCGGAAUAGUCAAAGAUCGAUAGAUAAAUAAAUAUAAAUUGCACAUGAUUUAAGAUUGAUACAACGUUGGUAAGUAUGAAAUCCAAAGGUGAAGCCGUGAAGGAUCUUCCCUUGAAAUUAUAAGGGAGAGUUAGAGAUUAAGUCAUCCAGAGUCUUGAGUCCCGACAAAGCAAAGGAACAGCGCAAUGAACAAGUUCCAUGUGGUGUUCAUCUCUGCUCCAGGUAUCGGGAACUUUGUUCCAACUGUUGAGUUUGCCCGUCACCUCAACAAUCACGACCCUCGAUUCAUCGUCACCAUCCUUAUGAUCGAGAUAGCAGAAAGACCCAUCGUCAACGCCUACAUCCAGUCCUGUGUUGCCACACACACCAGCAUUAAUUUCAUCAACCUCCCUCCCGUGGAUCCCCCGUCACCGGAUGAGUACCAAACUUCCUUGGGCUACAUCUGUCUUCUCAUAGCAAAGCACAAACUCCACGUCAAAAAUGCAAUCGAAGACCUCAUGUCAACCGAGUCCCCGUCCGACUCCGACAUGGUUGAUGUCCGAGUUGCUGGCUUGGUCGUUGACAUGUUUUGUACAUCUAUGAUUGAUGUGGCAAAGGAGCUAGGCACCCCUUGCUAUCUUUACUUUACUUCUCCUGUUAGCUUUUUGGGAUUUAUGCUUUAUUUUCCAACUCUAGACGGCAUAUUCACCACUGAGUUUGUUGAUUCAGACAGUGGGUUGAUGGUCCCAAAAGACUCAGCAGCAGCCAAUACCAGUGAGUUAACCAUCCCCGGCUUUGCCAACCCCUUACCUCAUCUGAUGUUGCCCAAUAGAGUGUUGUAUAGAAAACAGGAAGGUUACUUCUGGUUUCUACACCAUGCACGCAGGUACAAGGAGACCAAGGGAAUGGUUGUGAACACGUUUCGAGAACUGGAACCGUAUGCCAUCGACUCUGUUUCUAAUGGGAAUGGGGAUUGGCCUCCCAUCUAUCCCAUUGGUCCAGUUCUUGACCUUGUUGGACCGGCGCAGUGGCAUCCGGAACGGGCUCAGCACGAUAGCAUCGUGCAGUGGCUCGACAACCAACCUCCUUCAUCCGUGGUGUUCUUGUGUUUCGGCAGCAUGGGAAGCCUUAGUGGGGCGCAGCUGAGGGAAAUAGCAGUGGGACUGGAACGGAGCGGAUUCCGAUUCUUGUGGUCAAUCCGCGAACCGCCCAAAAGGGAAUUGGACCUUCCGGGCGAGUACAAGAAUGGGGAGGAAAUUGAGAUGCUGCCUCAAGGGUUCGUUGAUCGAAGCCGAAGCGCUGGAAUUGGGUUGGUUUGCGGAUGGGUCCCGCAAGCUGUGAUAUUGGGCCACCAAGCAAUCGGAGGGUUCGUCUCCCAUUGUGGAUGGAAUUCUAUCUUGGAGAGUAUAUGGUAUGGUGUUCCAAUAGCCACGUGGCCGCUUUAUGCAGAGCAGCAAAUGAAUGCCUUCCAAUUGGUGAAGGAGCUAGAACUGGCUGUGGAGAUUAGACUGGAUUACAGGGAAGGCAGCGACUUGGUGUCUCCCGAGGAGCUGGAGAGAGCGCUGCGGCGUCUAAUGAAGGGCAAUGAUGAGGUUAGGAGAAAGAUGAGGGAAAUGAAACAAAAGAGUAGGGCGGCUCUCAUGCCAAAUGGUUCAUCCUACAAGUCGCUGGCUUCUCUGAUCGAGGAGUUAACUGCAGGGACUUGAUGAGCAGUUCAUUUCUUUCAACUUCCCACUUCUCAUAUAUACCAGUUCAAUACGUGAAAUAUUUCACCACCAAGCACCAUUCCAAUGGUCGAUCAGUCCUUUGUUCUUCCAAAAAUUCAGAAUCGUAAGAAUGCGAAAAUAUAAACUAGUAAUAGUAAAUAAAAGGGCCGUCUAUCACUAUUGGAUGGGCCUUUGAUGUAUGCUGUUUCAGUCAAAAUUGCAAAAAGAAUGAUUCUAUCAGUUGUUGACU